AUGGCGGCGCGUGGGCGCGCGGCGGCGAUGGCGGCGGCGGAGCGGCGGCUGCCGAGCGUGGACGAGUUCGCGGGGCAGAGCUGGAGCGCAUGGGUGGAGCGGGCCGGGCCGCCCGCAGAGCCGGGGUUGGAGCUGGAGGAGAGCAGCAAGGGGAGCAAGAAACUGGACGCCAUGACGCUGAUCAAGGAAGACAUGUCCAUCUUCGGCCACUGCCCGGCGCACGAUGAGUUCUACCUCGUGGUUUGCAACCACUGCAGCCAGGUGGUGAAGCCUCAGGCCUUCCAGAAGCACUGCGAACGGCGUCACGGCCCGCUCAGCAAGCUGUACGCCAAGUGCCACGCCGUCAAUGGGCAGCCGGCGGGCAAAGCGCUGCGGGACAAAGGACAGGGAGCGCGCAGCAGGGCUCAGCCGCUGCCAGAGAAAGCACAGAAGGACAACAACCUCUGCUUGUUCAUGCCGGUGGUGAACCUGGAGAAGAUCCCCAGCCUCCCCAAGCCGGAGGGGCUCAAAGCGGCCCCUAAAACCCCCCCCAAAGCGUCCGCUGCACCACCUGCCUCCAGCCCCACUGAGCCCCCGGGGAGGCCCUCCUCCACGCCGCCUCCGCCACCCAAAGAGCCCCCAGGGGCCGGGGGGGACCCACCGCCACCAACUGCCAGCCCUGUGCUCAAAGCAGGGGGGGAAAAGGAGCCGGGGGUCUGCAGGCCACCCCCCAGGGCCCACAAGAAGCUGACGCGGAAGGAGUGCGACCUGAACCGGCAGUGCGGCGUGCUGAACCCCGACACCAAGAAGGUUUGCACCCGCCUGCUCACCUGCAAGAUCCACUCGGUGCACCAGCGGCGUGAGGUGCAGGGCCGUGCCAAGGACUUUGACGUGCUGGUGGCCGAGCUGAAGGCCAGCUCCCGCCGCGAAGCCCCGAAGGAGAAAAGCCCCCCCAGGAAGGACCCCCCCGGCUCCGAACCGCCCGCCCCCCCUGCGCUGCCGCAGCCCCCCGCCGCCCCUCCUGGCUCAUCACCCUGCCGCCCCAGACCCCCCCACGUCCACUGCCCGCCCCCCAGGGCUUGGCUUUCCUCCGACAGCGACCCCGAGGAGGGGGAUGGGGGGCUCUUCCCCUUCCCCCUGCCCAAGGAGGGGGGCAGUCGGGGGUCCAGCGAGGACAGCGAGGAGGAGGGGGCUGCUGAGGACACCCACCGCCCCGACUGCCACUACGCCGCCCGCCCACCGCGGCCUCAAGCGUUCUGCACCUUCGGGAGCCGCUUGGUCAGCCCUGGCUGCUACGUCUUUAACCGGAGGCUCGACCGCUUCUGCUCGGCGCUGAGCUCCAUGCUGGAGCGACACCUCAGCUCACACAUGUGGAGGAAGAUCCCUCCUGCCGUCGACCCGCAGCUCCCCGCCGCCCCGGCGCCCCCCAGCCCGCCGGCCCCGCCGCUCCGACCCCCCCCAGCCCACUCUCGGACCCCCCCGACGCCCACCGGUCCCCGGGACGGCCGCGUCCCCGCCGGCAUCAAUUACACGGUGGGAUCCCCGCACGCGGCCGCCGCCUGCAGCCAACCGGAGUGCGGGGGGGGCGGCAGCCAAUCCAUCACCUCCCCGCUGCCGGCCAACAUCCCCUCGCCCUCCUUCAGCAAGUUGCCUUCCACCAAGGCCAGCAAAUCCUCCCGUGCCAAGGAGGCGGCCGGCGGGACGGAACCGGAUUCCGUGGCCCGUAAACGCAAACAGCCCCUGGGGGCGGCCGCCAGCCCCCCCUACAAACGGACCUGCGCCGGAGACGGGGCGAAAAGCAAAAACCCCGCCUGCCAGGCGUCGGCGCCCCCCGGCAAGACGAAAAACGCCGCGGUGGCGGCGCUCAACGGCUCGGUGUGCGCGGGCGGCAGGCUGAAACGAGCGCUGCCCCCGGACUGCCGCCCCCCCCCUCAGCGCCGCUCCGGAACCGCGGGGCUCUCCGUUACACGGAGCCGGGGUCCCCCCGCCCCCCCCCCCCGCUGCAUUUCGGAGGAUGAGGUGAAGAAGCGCAAGAACUCGGCCACGUAUUGCCGGCCCUCCAAACCCAAACACGCCGCUCCCCCGCCCGCCCCCCCGCCGGCCCCCAGCCCCGCGCCCCCCGACCUGGGCUGCUCCGUCCGUAGGAAGAAACCGGGGAGCGCCCUGAGCUUCGAGGAGAAGCGGAACGUCCUGAAGUCCAAAGCCCAUUAACGGAGGCUUCGGGGGCUUCCACCGCCGCCCGGGGUCGCUGCGCAUCACGGAGCCCCGAACCGCCGCCGGGAAGCGCCGAGGGGACAAAAAAAAGAAAGCGAGAAAAAGGAGAAGAAAAGGGAAAAAAAAACCAAACCCACAAAAACCCACAAGAACACAAAAACCCACCAACAAAACGUAACCUCCAGAAAAAUACCUCAAGACUCUGAUCCUGAUCCGUUGCUGCUAAAACAACCCCCGGGGAGGGGGCGGCCGGGGGGGGUCCCCGUGCAGGACUGAACCGCCGGCACCGCGGGUAUUUAUAAGGAUUCCUAUCGCUGUUUCGGUUCGGUUUGGGGUUUUUUUUUGUUUGUUUGUUUGUUUUUUAAGAAAAGAGAA